GGUUUUCAUCGAACACACCAACUGCGUUUUGGUAAUUAGACGCUACGAUAAUGCAUUUGCAAAAGUUAAUUUCAAUACUAAUUUUUUGGGUUGGUGAACUUUUUUUCACAAACGUUGAGUCGACGAUGAGACAAGCACAUAUGAUGGAACUUGCAAAUACAUUAAACACGUUGGUGCGUCAUUCGGGAUGGCAAGCCAUGAGGAGCGUUCAAGUUAUAUUAAAUACAAAUCAACACAGAGAAAUCGAGGAACCAAUGCCCAUAAUACUCGAAGAAAUAUUAUCGGGCAGGAAUCCAAUCGACAAAUUCAACAUUCUGGAAAGAUACAAGGAGAUCUGGACUGUGCUCAGGUGUAAGUUCGCCGAGGUUCUUUUGCAGUGCAGGCUUCUCAUACAAAAUGUAAUACGGGUUUGCCGAUUAGAAAAAAUAAUAGAAAAAAAUAAAACGACCGACGCUUCGCUUCAGAGGUAUCACAUUUGUUUUAAAUCGCUGUUGAGCAAACUCCACAGCUCAUCGUCGAGGUUUAAAUGCAUGGCAGACGCGUUGGACUUUAUGUACUUGUUAGGUCCGCAAUCGGGACUUAAGCAAGGCAUAAUAGACGGCACGAAAAAAUUUACCGAGUAUACUUCAACAGUAGGACCGAGAACGUCAACAGAAUUGUCAAAACUAGGUUACAACGAAAACGCUGUGGAUAUCGAAAUAAAAAACAUAAGCGACUUCUUCGUAAAUACAUAUAACAGGCACAUAUAUUGGUUUGCCAACAAUCGUUGCAACGCUCCGCCACAAGAAGAAUGGUCUAUAUAUAGAAUACAAAUAGAUAUGCAGAACAAAAAGAGGAACCAGCAGAUACCGGUAGAAACGACUUUAAUGCAAUAUGUGAUAGACGAAAUGGAUAGUUACGUUAGUAAUAUCUUGGACAGUUGUUUCUUCGAGUUGGGUUUCGCCUACGAUCUGACGGCCGCUCUAAUGAUGCAUUCGCAAACGUUAAUUUCAAUAAUAGUUUUUUGGGUUGCUGUACAUUGUAUUACACGCGUUUUGUCAGAUGAUGAUGGUGAUGAUGAUUAUAUCAUAAGACAAUCAUACCAAUCGGAACUUGCCAAUAAAUUAAACAUGUUGGUGCGUCAUUCGGGAUGGCAGACUAUGAGAAGCGUUCAAUUUGUAGUAAAUAAAUAUCAACACGCAGAAGUCACAAAUCCCAUGUCCGAAAUUCUCCAAGCAAUAUCAUCGGGACGUGAGCCAAUCCACCAAUUCAACGUCAUAGCAAGAUUCAAUGAUAUGUGGGCUGUUCUCAGGUGUAAGUACGCCAAUGUUAUUUCCAGGUGCAGGAUUCUCAUACAAAAAUUUACACGGGCUUGCCGAAAUGAAAAAAAAAAUAAUAAAAAAGCGUCCGACUCACCAAAUCAAAUGUAUUACAAUUGUUUUAAUUUGCUGUUGAGCAAACUCCACAGCAUAUCGCCGAGGUUUAAAUGCAUGACAGACGCGUUGGACUUUAUGUUUAUGCUAGGUUCGUCAUCGGCACAAAAGCAAGGCGUUAUGUUCGGUAUACAAAAAUUGGCCGAGUUUACUUCAACUGUAGGACCGAGAACGUCUGCGAAAUUGUCCGAACACGGUAUUAACGAGAGGGCUGUCGACAUCGAGUUAAAAUCAAUAAACGAUUUUAUCAUGGGUGUAUACUACAGUCACGUAUAUUGGUUUGCCAACAACCUUUGCAACACUUUGCCACAAGAAGAAUGGUCUAUAUAUAGAAUACAAAUAGAUAUGCAGAACAAAAAGAGGAACCAGCAGAUACCGGAGGAAACGACAAUGGUGCAAUUUGUAAUGGACGAAAUGGAUAGUUACGUUAGUGAUAUCUUGGACAGUUGUUUCUUCGAUUUGGGCUUCGCAUACGACGGGACAGGAAACGUUAUAAAUCGAAAUAAUUAAAAUGUCCUUUACAAAUUUACAGUGUAGAUUAUUGAACACAAUAUUGUGU